AUGGGCCAGCCAAGCCUGGACCACCGCCGUAUCCCCUCUCCCAGGGGCCUCGUCCUUGUGCCUUCCCGAGAAUUAGCCGAACAGGUGCGAGCCGUGGCCCAGCCCCUGGGCAGCUCCUUAGGCCUGCACGUGCAGGAGCUAGGGGGAGGCCAUGGUAUGCGUAGAAUCAAGCUGCAGCUAUGCAAACAGCCUUCAGCAGAUGUGCUGGUGGCCACUCCGGGGGCUUUGUGGAAGGCCCUGAAAAGUCAGCUCAUCAGCCUGGCCGAGCUCUCCUUCAUGGUGUUGGAUGAGGCAGACACACUGUUGGAUGACAGCUUCCUGGAACUGGUGAACUACAUCUUGGAGAAGAGCCAGAUAGCAGAAGGCCCAGCAGACUUAGAAGACCCCUUCAAUCCCAAAGCUCAGUUAGUGCUGGUGGGAGCCACGUUCCCUGAAGGGGUAGGCCAGUUGCUGAGUAAAGUCACCAGGCCAAACUCUGUCACCACCAUCACCAGCUCCAAGCUCCACUGCAUCAUGCCUCAUGUCAGACAGACAUUUAUGAGACUGAAAGGAAUGGACAAGGUGACGGAGUUGUUGCAGAUUCUCAAACGGCGUGACAGGACAGAUAGGACUGGACCCUCGGGAGCUCUCCUGGUGUUCUGUAAUAGUUCCAGCACGGUGAACUGGCUGGGAUAUAUUCUGGAUGACCACAAAAUCCAGCACCUAAGGCUGCAAGGGCAAAUGCCAGCCUCGAUGAGAGCAGGUAUCUUCCAGUGUUUCCAGAAGGGCUCCCGAGAUGUACUCCUCUGUACAGACAUAGCCUCUCGGGGCCUUGACAGCACCCAUGUGGAGCUAGUUGUCAACUAUGAUUUCCCCCUCACCCUGCAAGAUUACAUCCACAGAGCGGGGAGGGUGGGUCGUGUAGGUAGCGAGGUUCCAGGCUCCGUUAUCAGCUUUGUGACCCAUCCUUGGGAUGUGAACCUGGUUCAGAAGAUUGAGCUGGCAGCUCGCCGAAGGAGAAGCCUUCCCGGACUACCAUCCUCGGUGGGCGAGCCUUUGCCACUGCAAGCCUGA